AUGGAUCUCUGCAGCUCUGUGGAGAAACCAGCGGCUACGGACCGACCUGAAGCUGUGGUACGAGCCACCGGGCCAGCGCUCAUCUACCAUCAGGCCCCCACUCCAGAGCGCUUUUUUAAUCAUCGCCUGCUUGUGUGGAUGCCGUACCACUUGUGGAAGGUCAGGCUAACCUGUCCUGUGUGUGGGAAGCAGCUUGUGGGAUACGGUGCCCACAAGAGAGCCCGUCAGGUCCUUGACGUGGACAGGUACUACCUGAUGGUCACAGAGACCCUCAGGUGCAACAGCAUUGGUUGCAAAACCAACUACCUGUCCAGCAGCAAGACCAUCCUGGACCAGCUUGACCUGGCUCACCGGCUCGAAUUCAGGCUCAUCCUGACUCAGAAAUAUGCUUGUGACAUUCGGGUCAUCCGCUUCCUGCGGGAGAGGACCCUGGGCAACAGCCCGUCUCGCUUGGUGAAGCAGCUGAGGGAGAACCACAGCGAGGAGUGGCUGCAGCGCCUCUGCCAGUACCUCGGGCAUGCUCUGACUUUGUGGGCCGGCCCAGCCUGUUCCCUGUGGUGUUUCAGGACCCGCCUGAGCCUGUGGCCAUUCCCACCUAUAAGUGGAUGCUGGCGGUCUACGGGCGGGACAUCUUAAGCAGGCUGGAGCACAUCAAAGCCAGCAUUACAUCUACCUUUGGCUCCAUCCUGAAGAUGGACUCCACAAAGAAGAUCACCAGGAAGUUAUCGGGCAUUGCCAAG